CUGGAAACAAGCACAAUACACAACUUUUUUUUAAAUUAUUGUUAUAUAUUCACUAAAACAAGCAUUUUCUCAAUUUCCCAGUAGAUGGCAGAUUUGCAAGCAAACGUCAACUCACAUCUCAGCUUCCUGUUCUACAGGAAGUAGUGUUCUUGCUUACAUUUUUGGGGUCCAAGCCAAAAAGUACAGUAACUUUAGUUGGUUCUGUAAAAUAAUGGUUGACAGUUGAUAAGGAUUAUUUAUUUUAUAGUAUUUUUAAUUUACGCUUUUCUUCGGCCAUGUCUGCAAGCUGCUGCUAUUUUACCGUGGUGUUUCUGGUCUCGGCUCCUUCGUUCUUGUCGUGUCUGCUAGUUACGGGCGCUCAGGUCGCCUUGGUCGAGGUUCUGCUGAUAGAACGUCCAGAUGUCAGCACCGUUCUACAAGGCGAGGUGCUCGAAGCGAACUGGGAAAGCAGCAGCGUACCCGAAAAACACAAUCAACAACAAGAGCAUGAUCUCGAAGGGGACCUCAUAUUAGUGCAGGAUGAGGAGCCGCAGGUGAGCCGGGGCAAAGGUGGGGGUGUCCAAGCCAAAGACCAGGAGCCAUGGAUAGGUGUGGUGCCUGUCAAAGUGGAGGAGAGCAAAGCUUCCACUGCUGGGAACAGCCAGGAAUCCUUUGCUGCUGCCGUUGUCAAUAAAAUGAAACGAGCCUUGGUCCUGGGGGCUUCUGCACUCAUCAUCCUAGCCCUCAAUCAGAACACUAUCAGAGAGAUGGAUCUGUCCCAAGUCCUCUCUAAGCCAGUCAUUGUCAUCCAGACAUCAGAAAAUGUUACCAAGCUUAUCGGAGCACUCCUCAGGGGCCUUCAUGCUACUGUGAAAAUCACAUACAAGACUAUUCUACAGGACAACUUGGGGGCCACCCUGACGUUGUGGUCCACGUGCGGUCUCUCCAGAGGCGGUCUGUAUGGAGAGUGGCAGGGGGUCAUCUGCACCGGAGAGACCAACUCGCAGGUCCAGAAGUACCUGCAUCAGCUGUGGAACACGGUCCUACUGGUGGCUCUGAUCCUAUGUACAGGGGUCAUAGUUCAGGCUCGAUGGCAGUACCAGGACAACCAACUCAAUGACGACCUGGAGUUACCAAAACAGGACAUCCUGAAGAGACUGUCUUCCCUGAAGACCAGGAUGUACCGGCAGCCCAAACCGUGGUGUGACCCAGCGCAGCUAGAGACAGACAACUGUGCUGUCUGUCUGGAACAGUUCAACAACAACCAGUGUCUUCGCGUGCUGCCCUGCCUCCAUGAGUUCCACAGGGACUGUGUGGAUCCGUGGUUGCUCCUGCAGCACACCUGUCCUCUGUGUAAACGCAGCAUACUUAGUAAGAUCUCUACUUGCCUGUACACUUAAGUGCAACUUUAUUUGCCAUAUGGAAUUAACACAUUUGAAAUCUAAUGUAGCGUUGGUGAUUGUGUUCGGUACCCGGGUUAAUCAGCUAUUUCCUUUGACUGACAUCUUUCCCUUCCAUCCACAGGUAACCUCUGUAGAGACAGCUAAUAGUAGCCUUGGCCCAACUCCUCACCCCACUGACCAGGGCCGUUUUUAAAAACUUUUCAUGUAUCAGAAUUUCGAUUCUUUAAUCCCCAUUUUUGCUAUCCAGGUUCAAAUCAAUCUGGCUGUUUUUGAGCCAGUUUUCAGAAAAAAAUAAGGAUCAUUCUGAUCCAGAUACCACAAUAUCAGGAUCACACAAUUUGGAUUUUCAGUGUUUUGAACAGGCCUAAAUCUUGCCAUCAACUGGACGAAUUGUGGUACUACUUCUACACUGUCAUAGGGUAAACGAGAUGAGUAAAUUACAUGAAUGGGGGAUCAAGAUAAUCCAGGUUUUUGGCAUCAAAACCAUCCUAUCAUUACCUUUUAGAGUUUUGAAAAAAUGCAAAAAUGACAUGAUUAAAGGUCAGAUUGGAUUACCAAAUCCUUAUCCGGAGGAUCAUAAUCAUAUUUUUCAGUUACACUUUUGUAAUAAUUUUUAAUCCUAUCCGAUUGCGGAAUCCGAUCAGAUAACUUCUGAAAAGCUGGGCCCAGAACAUUGGGAUCAAGUUGUCUUGUCUUUCGUGACUAGUUUUCAGUAGCAGUUCCAGACCUCACCUCUUCCUCCUGCACUGGAUUGUGGGCAGGGGAACUUCUCCCAGCAGCUGGCCUUCUUAUUGGACAAUGUUGACCUCUGCCCUUUUGGGGACAGCCAAUCCUGAAGCAGCUUCACUUAUCUAUGUGGUACUGUAAAACAAAUGUUACUGUACCAGUGUUGAAACAAACAGUACUUUCUUCCUGGGAUAACAUACUGUACAAUGACGUUACUCUAUUCUCUCCCACUCUGUAUGUGUCAUAGAGUACUAGUGCCUCAUGGUGAAAGUGUCUAUACAUGUCGAAAAUUCUAGAAGGGCAUUCUAAUGUUCUGUGAAUCUGUGGUGGAAUUCCAUGUAUGUUCUUUACAGGGAAAUUAAUGUUAAGUCCAAGGCAUUUAAAUGUGAAAAAAUAAGAUAUAGCUAGGUUAAGUUAUAUUUGCAUGGAUGUUAAAUGCAAUAUGGUACAAAGCAUGGUUAACAGUGUGUUGCUAACUGGCAUCAAAACACAUCUGGUCAUUUCGGUCCCAUAUUCCACCAUAUCACAGGGUCGGUAUAAUAUCAAAAGUUAAUUUAAAUUUGUAUAGAUGGACUAAUUUCAUCCAGACUAUUAUUGUGUACUCUUAAAGAAUACAAUUUCAAAGUUUGUGUUGAUUCUGAAUUAAUAGGAAUAAGGGCAGGGAGAGAACAAUUAAACUGUUACCCCUACUUUUGUUAAACUCUGUAGAGACUGCUCUGUGAGGUAAAUGCCUUAUUAACCAGAUAACCAGAGUAGCUGUACAGAGACAGACAGCAUGUUACAAACACAUCCGCACUUAGAGUGUACUACUUGACAGUACUUAUGUUAUAUUAAUCCUUUAUGUAUUCCUUAAAUUAUUUUACUAUAAACCAGUGACCUUGCAGAACUGAAACAGACUUGACCUUGGCUAACCAAUAAGUAUAGUAUGGAAAGGUCAAAUGGAGUCACUUGUAAUCACACUUCAACCACUUUCACUCAACCACAUCCCACAGGCCGUCAUUGUAAAUAAGAAUUUGUUCUUAACUGACUUGCCUAGUUAAAUAAAGGUUACAUAAAUAACAUUUUAAUAUCUAGCAACACCUUAUAGGGAAUUGUGAAUACUCUAAAUGCUUCCUACCAUCAGCUAAUCACUAGAGAAAUAUAGCUGCAGUUCCCAUCUUUCACCAUCCUAUGGUAUUAUGUUGCCACUAGAACACUUUAAAGUCAACGCUCAGUUCACACAGAAAUACUCCAUUGGAAAAGCUCUAACCACAGUAUUAAAUGUAUUUAUUAUUUUGUUUGUUUUUAAAGAGAACUUCAAAAAGCAAAUUGUAAUGUUUUUUUUUUACAAAAAUGCUCUUAUAGAUCUUUCUAUAGGAUUCUCUUGUUAUAAAGUAGUUGUGCAUGGCGAGUCAGAAGCCUCUAGAAGCUGUUCAAUGUCUGUCUGAGGGACAUUUGGCCUCUUAGGCUGCACUUCCAAACACACACACAACUGUUGUUAUAGCAGCUCACUUUUUGGGUUGAGGCUGAACCAUGGUGGGUGGGGAUUGGCUGGGUGAGGAGAUAUGAACUACCACAGACACUCUCACUUCGUUCAGACAUUGCACACACACGCUGCCACCCCUGGUCCUGGCCUGCCUGUAUUUUGAUGUCUAGUCCUAUAUUUAACUGACAUUCAUUGUUCUUCCAGAUCCAGCAGACAGUGGUUUCAGUGACAGUCAGGCCAGUCGCACUGGUUCUCUUGUCCUAUUGGAGUCUCCUCUCUCUCGUUUUAGUCAUAUGUUCCUUGUUCAUUUGAUGACGAUGUCAAAGCUAAUGAUUCCAUCACUCCAAAUCUUAAUAAAUGGAUUUGUUACAUGGCAAAAAAUAAAUCUCUUGUCCUUCACUCACUCCAUU